CAAUUUUCUUUCCUAAAAAGAAAAUCCACUCGCAGAGAGGAAAACAGAAAAGAAAAGGCGAAAAUAUAAAACAAAGAGGGAAAAAAUAGGGGGAAAGGGUUUCCGGUGCUCCAAAGCAGAAGAGAGAGUGCGUGGCAGCGUAGAUAUAUUCUCAUUGCUCGCCCCCCUUGCAUCCGCAGCGCGCUCAGCCAGACAGAAGUAUAAGAAGCAGAGAAAGUCACCGGAGAAGUAAAAGUAGAAAAAGAAGAGGAUAGCCAAAAGUCCGGCCAUCGGUGUCGUCUGUACUCAGAUCUGAGUGGGGGCGGUGACGCAGAGAGAAGGGGAGGUAGGAAGAUGAGUGGGAAAGGAGGCGGCGGCGGAGGAGUAGGUCACAACAACAGCGAUAGGAACCAUGGCGGAAAGGGCAGUAAUGGAAUUUCCGCCAUACCGGCGGGCUCCAGGAAGAUAGUUCAGAGCUUGAAAGAGAUUGUCAGCUGUCCCGAGGCGGAGAUCUAUGCGAUGCUCAAGGAGUGUAACAUGGACCCUAACGAGGCCGUUAAUCGCCUCCUCACUCAAGAUCCUUUCCGCGAAGUUAAGAGCAAGCGAGAAAAGAAGAAAGAGAAUAAGGAUACAACAGACAUUCGGCCUCGUGGUGCUAAUAAUGUUACACAUCGCGGUGGCAGGGGAAGUUCAGAUCGGUAUGGGCGUAGUGGAUCAAACCAAUAUGGCUCAACUGAUUCUGGUGCUUUGCAUGGUAAAUCUGCUUACAGGAAGGAAAAUGGAGCACAUGCUUAUGCAGGUUCUACUUCUUAUGCCUCUGCCACUGCAGGGAACAAUAGUGGGUGGCGAGCUCAAUUUCCCAGCGACUCUUUGGGUGCUGAAAAUAAAACACCAACUGUAAGUGCAGGUGAUGGGGUUUCCUCAUCAGUGCAGCCUACUCCUGGAAUUCAAUCUGGUUGGAUUGCGGUUCCAGGUCAGGUAUCAAUGGCAGAUAUUGUCAAAAUGGGAAGGCCCCAGAGUAAGCCAUCUGCACUACAUAGCCACAUUGUUAAUGAGCAGCAUGGAUGGGGACCCGCACACAAUGAUAUGCAUUCAUCAGAAAAUAGUGCUCACAAGGUGCCGGAGAUGCACAAUGAACCAGAAGUUUAUUCCAAUGACUGGCCAUCAAUUGAGCAGCCAUCUGGUGCUAAUGUGUCAUCUUUUAUGGAGGCACCUACAGAUCCUGAGUUGUAUGCGAACCCAUCAAGCUUACCUUUAGAUAGAGCAGAUGAGCACGUUAGGUCCGAGCCUGAUGAAGUUCAGUCAGAAGAGGAUGAUCUUGUUCAAACGCUUAAUGAAAGUCAAGUUGGGCCUCCUUCUGUAUCCAGUAGACAUAUACAGGAAGAUGGCAUUGGAGGUUCCUCACUAUUUGACAAUGAUCUGUAUGAUAAUAUUAACUCCUACCAGGCUCAUAGACAUGCUUUUGAGCAUAAUGAAGCAGAGGACAGUUCAUCAUCUGUCUCAGCAAAUCUAAAGCAAUUGAGCUUGCAGAAUGAAGAUAAGGUUGGGGCACCUGAAGAAGAUAACCCUGUUGUAAUAAUUCCAAAUCAUCUUCAAGUUCAUGCUCAAGAUUGUUCGCACUUAAGUUUUGGUAGCUUUGCUUCUGGCAUCGCUUCGGGUUUGUCUGGGCCAUUUGGAUCGAACCCCUUGGCGAAUAAUCUGGAAGAGACAUCUGAAACGGUGGAAGCCGACACAGCAGUGCACUCAAAUGCUAGAGAUCCCGAGUACUAUGCAGAUGAGCAUCUAAGAAGUACAGGUGAAGAUGAUUUAGUUCAUAGAACUAAUAAUGCGAAUGCUGGGAACUAUGAUUCUCCUGCAGUCCCUCAACCACAAGUCUUAAAGGAGGAAACCCAGGAAGCUGCUCAGGAAAAUCAAUAUGCAUUUGCCUCCUCUACGCCUGGCUAUAAUUAUGAAAACACUCAGCAUUUAGAUGCUGCCUUUAACAGUCAACAGCCGAGCUCUCAGAUGCAGAACAUUGCUGCCUUCUCAAGUGUUAUGCAGGCCUAUUCAAACUCAUUGCCUAGUGGAUUGCUGGCUUCAAACGUGCCAACAGGAAGGGAGCCUGAUCUGCCAUACUCACCUUUCCCAGCCACUCAAUCCAUGCCUACAAAGUAUGGCACUACAGCGUCCUCUAUCAGUGGUCCAAGCAUGUCUAUGCCAGAGGCUCUCAGAGCAUCCAGCAUUUCCACGCAUCAGCCAACUCAACAGUCGCUUGGUGGUGGCGGUGGUGCUGUUGCCACUGGACCUGCUCUGCCUCAGCACCUUGCUGUCCAUCCAUAUUCACAACCUGCGCUUCCUAUGGGCCAUUAUGCUAAUAUGAUUGGCUAUCCUUUCUUGCCUCAGAGCUAUGCAUAUAUGCCGUCGGCUUACCAACAGACUUUUGCAGGCAAUAGCAAUUACCACCAGGCUCUGGCAGCUAUGCUUCCUCAGUACAAGAAUAGUGUUUCUGUCAGCAGCUUGCCCACUCAGUCUGCUGCUGUCCCAUCUGGAUAUGGGUUUGGGAAUUCAUCAAGCAUUCCUUCAGGAAACUUCCCUCUCAAUCCACCUGCUCCCCCUGCUGGUACAACUCUUGGCUAUGACGAUGUGUUGAGCUCGCAGUACAAGGAUAACAGCCAUUUGAUGUCUCUGCAACAACAGAAUGACAACUCAGCAAUGUGGGUUCAAGGGCAUGGAUCACGGACCAUGUCAACAGUCCCUGCAAACUCCUAUUACAACUUCCAGGGGCAGAACCAGCAGCUGCAACAGCAACAGCAACAGCAACAGCAGCUUCAACAGCAACAGCAACAGCUUCAACAGCAACAGCAACAGCAACAGCAGCCCUCAGGCUUUAGGCAAAGUCAACAACAGCCGUCACAACAUUAUGGUGGUCUUGCGGGGUACCCGAAUUACUACCAUUCCCAAACAGGGUUAUCCCUUGAUCAUCAGCAACAGAGCACGAGGGAUGGAUCUCUUGGCGGCAGCUCGCAAGGCCAGGGCCCAAAGCCAACCCAACAGCUAUGGCAAAACAGUUACUAAAGGGUAGUGCGAGGCCUACCCUGCCAUCACCUCGUGGUUUUUCAGGGUCUUUGUAGUCAGUUUGAAAGUGGCCAAAUAUCCAAAGGGCAGUCGGAAAAAUAAUAGAUUGAAUGUAAGAUUUUCUUCGUCGUCCUGUUUUUCGGUGGCUGCUACUGCCCUGUGCCACGAGGCUGUACUCUCUUCAUAAUUGUCGUUGCUGCUCUGGUUUUAACCUACUUAGGAACAAGAAAGAAGAGUGCUAAUCUCAGUGUUUAGUGAAGGACCUUGUUUCAGUUACAUGCAUUUUUGUGUUUUUGUUCUUGUGAUAGUGAAGAAACUUUGCUCUGCGUUUUGUAGUUCAGGAGUCUUGAGCUCUUGAUGGAAACCUUUCCUUCCUACAUGUGAACUUUUCAACUACAGUGGGCUGGAACAGGUUUUCCUUGAUGGUGUUUCUUCCCUAACCUUCCCUUGUAGUAACAUUGCCUUCAUGUGUGUUUGCUGUUGAGAAUGUAAUAUAUUAGAAGUAUUGAGCGUUUUGGGUCUAAUUUUGUUGACUAAACCAAGUUAAGAAAGAACAUUUUCAUUGCUUUUGUGUGUGGUUUCUCUCAAUGCUAUCCUCUCCCUGUGCCCAAAUGAUUCCCUACCUU